AUGCCAUUCGCACCGAGGUCAGCGCUGAGCUCUGCUAAGAUGCAGACCAAACUGAGUGCCUGGACGCCUCUGAACCACCAGCUGUCCAACCACAACGUGUUUGUAGAGAGACGAAACCUUUUGGCAAAGUGGUUUGACAAGUGGUCUGACAGCCAGAGGAAGGCGGUGCUGCAGGACUUGGUAUCCAGCUGUAGUGCAGAGCAGCUGAGGUUCCUGAGCCUCAGUGUGAGCAAACGGCUCCCCCUGCAGGCCGCCGACUUCACCUGCCUGCUGCCCAGAGUCCUCUGUCUGUACAUCUUCUCCUUCCUGGACCCCCGCAGCCUCUGCCGCUGUGCUCAGGUGAGCUGGCACUGGAAGAGCAUCGUGGAGCUGGACCAGCUGUGGAUGCCCAAGUGUCUGAGGCUGGGCUGGUGCAUCAGCUUCUCCCCCACGCCGUUCGAGCAGGGCGUCUGGAAGAGACACUACAUCCACACCGUGCAGGAGCUGCGCAUCGGCAAGCCACAGACGCCUUCAUCCCAGCAGCAGUUUGUGGCUCCAGAUGUCUGUAGUAAAAGUGCAGAACCAUCAGAAGCCAUCCUCGCCAGAGAGGAGCGCUGGGCAUCCGCCAGCAAGCGAGCUGGAAGCGCUGCUGGGAGGGGUUCAGGGACAGUGAAGCAGACAGCUGCACUGCCCCCAUGGAGAGAUUCUGACAGACAUCCCAAAGACACCCUGCGCUUCAACUACCUGGCCAACCUGGACCCCAUCGAACAAGCCCUCCAAGCGCAAAUGAAAAGCAGAGCUGCCGGCAACAAGGCGAGGCCAGACAACGUGAGGACAAAACCGCUGUCUGAGGCGAAUUAUAAACUCCGCAAAGCCAAGUCACUGAUGUUCCUCAGCUCCAACUGCAGACCCUGCAAUCCUCCCCCUCCUCCUCCUCCUCCUCCUCCUCUUCAUCCAUCUCAUCAUCAUCAGACUCAGAGUCAACCCAAUUGGGCUGCUCCCCGCCCGGACUACGCCAUCACCAUGGAAACCAGCAAGAGUCUGGCCCGAUCAGGCCAAUGGAACGCAGGGAUACGUCCGGGGCCCGUGAGGCAGGCGGUGCCCAGGCUGAGUACAGAAGGACUGAGGGCGUCACGGCGCUCGAACAGGAGCGCUCCCAGUACACCACUGUUUGACUUUCAGCCUUGGGCCGCGGCAGCUUCAGACCGAGCAUCACACAAGAAGUGA